AUGGCCGUCAGGUCACCGCUAUCUGUCCUACCCUAUCGCGAUGCUACAAGCCCGGCCUACUACUCUCCCUCCUCGGCCCCAAUGUCUAUUGAUGGAGUUUCCUUCGACAGCACUGAGAGUUUCAACUCCUCGCCCAGUCUGACCAAUCAGAAUAUCGUAUCAGGGGCCUUGGACUCUAGUGAUGAGAACAAAACAAAUGGAGAUAGCUCGGCAAAGGCAAUACGGGGAUUGGGAACAUUCCCUCCGCCAGAGCUCACCAUCCAAACCGGGUAUACAAAUCAUGGCCUCGGCACAAGAUCGGAUGAGGAUGAACCCCCACAGUCGGUGAUACAUGCUCCAUCUGGGUUUGGAGACUUUGCCCCAAUGCAGCCCACGCUCGAGGGUCCCGACGAAUCGCAGUCUGGCUCCGAUGAACAAACUAAUCUAAUAAGUGUACCAGCAAAAAUCAAAAAAGGCAAUAGUCCAAUAUCACCUCCUCCGCUGACAACUACCGUUGACCCAACAUUUGACUAUUCGGAGAGAGCAACACCCCGGGCGCAGACGAUACACGAGUUCGAGGAAUUUGACCGACGUACUCGUUCAAGCAGUUUAGAGGAUAUCCCCGAAGGUACAAUGCCCAGGGCAAUUGAAAGCCCUCCAGCUACGAGAAGUACUAAUUUUGCCUUAGGACUAACCAGCAAAGACGCCGAGAUCAAUGCCUUGAGAGACGCUCUCGCUGAGUGUUGGACACUAUGCAAUACGCUGGCCAAUCUCAGUUACAUUCAUCGCGAACGUCUUUUGAAAUCAUACAGUGAUGAUAUGCAGGAGGAUGCGUGGAGGUCAUGUUGGCGACUUUGCCAGAAGCUCUAUGACACACGAGACGACGACUAUGCAUCCCAGAUUCACCCAACUUUGGAUCUCUGUCGAGAUUUUUGCCAAGCAUUAUUUGAAGCCCGAACCCGCGACGCUGAUGUCUCCGACUCGGUCUUACGGGUCAGCUUUGAACUGAAUAAUCAUCUGUACAACACUCACGACCGGAAUCUUCCUGAUGCUUUUCGCGAGAGAACUUUGGAUUUCUAUAUCACAUUAUGCCAUCGACUUAUGAAGCAACGGACCCGUAUAACUGAAACUGACUCUUUGCUGAGCGCUUGCUGGGCAUUGGCUGAGAUGCUGUUUAGCAUUCGCCAAAGCAAGAGAGAAGAUAAGCCGCUGGAUGAGGAGCUGCUAGGGUCAGCGGUCCAAGCAUGCUGGGAGCUUUGUGACAUUUUUCGCGAGGGUUGGACAUUGCACAACUUGCGCAAUUCCGAUCGAGGGACACCCCGGCCAAGCCAGACCACUUUCUCACAGGCAUUCCAUCAAGCGUCUCAGCAGUCAGAUAUUGAUUUUGGGGAUGAUCCACUGACUCAACUGGGGAACCCUGAAACCCCAACAACCAUCUUUGAGGAUGCAACCAUCUCCCCCGACGAGGCACCGAUCCCCAACAUUCUCGUUCUGGGAUACGGUAAUUCUCACAGUUCCCACACUAAGUGGUCCUCUAAUUCAUCAAACAUGUCAGAGAAGUCACGGUCAUCGGGACAUACGGCAUCCUCGGUCAACACUGUGACCACCGUCUCAGAGGACCCCAACCUCACGCGGUUGAAGAUUCUGAUCACCAGGGCUGCUAUCGACUGUGGAUAUCAACGUGGCGGUACCCAGAACCUGUCCUCGUUUGUGAAGUCUCUUCCCUCUGAUGCCUUCGGUUCUGCAGCCUGGCAAACUUCCUUGCUGAAGAAUUAUAAGAAAGUCGUGUCGUUUGAUCCAGCCUUCAGGAUCAUCGGCAUACAAGCUCGGGUAGGUGCCAUCGAUGUCGCACAUGCUUGUCAGGCGAUGCUGCAAGGUGGCCAGUAUUCCUGGCUUCGUGACCUCUACCGGUUUGUCUUCGGUUUCCAUCUGGAUGAAUCCAUGGGUCGCAAAGGUGUAACUAUCCAGACGUAG